AUGGCUAGAGCAGUGAAGGGCGUUAGGGCUGGACGGGUUGAGCGACUUUCUGUGAGUGAACAAAAUGAAGAGGAAAAUGGGGUUAACAUGAAGAACAAGGGUGGGGAUGAUCUUCAGCUGAGCAAAAAGGAUGAGAGAGAGUUAAAUACCAAUUAUAUGCUUAGUCCAAAGUUGCGCAAGGACAAGCUCGGCGAUCAUUCAAUCCAAGAGCAAGCUCUCACCGCUGCAAUCAUCCUCCAGUGCCACCGCCAGAAUGGGAAAUCUGCGCCUGUUGAUCACUUCGCUCCAGAACACGAGCCUGAGCGAUCCCAAGAAGCAGGGUUUGCUCAGGAGCUACAGCUUGCGGGCCAGGAUUGUGUCGGAGCAAUAGAUGGAACUCAAGUACGUGCAUCAAUUCCUCUGGAAAUUCAAGGAAGAUUUUGUGGUCGAAAGGAAGGAACAAUACAUAAUGUAUUAGCUGCUGUUACAUUUGACUUGAGAUUUUCUUAUAUAUUAGAUGGCUGGGAGGGAACCGCACAUGAUUCAUGUGUUUUAGCUGAUGCACUUUCAAAGCCGAAUGGAUUGAAAGUUCCUAGAGGAAAGUAUUAUCUUGCCGAUGUUGGCUAUGGAAUCCAAAGUAGGUUCAUCUCUCCCUAUCACGGUGCUAAAUACCAUUUGAAGGAGUUCGGUGAUCGCCCACCUAAAAAUGAGAAAGAAUUAUUCAAUCUACGUCAUUCAUCUCUAAGAAUGACUGUUGAAAGAGCGUUUAGGGUGUCAAAGAAGCAUUUUUUAGCAUUGGAUUCUAAACCUUUUUGGUCUUUCGAAACACAAGUUGAUGUUGUCCUGGCAUGUUGUAUCAUUCACAAUUUUAUCAUGGGAUUUGAUCCUAAUGACCCUAUCAUGGAAGAGAUGAAUAGCCAAAUGGAAUCUCAAAGAGAAAAUCCAAGAGUCCAACUUACUCAAAGAGAGGAAAAGGAGGAAAAUAGAAUAUGGGCAUCAAAAAGGGAUAGGUUGCGCAUGCAAUGUGUGGAUUAGUUAUCAAAGGAUUAGAAUAAGCCAGUAGUUUUUUCUUUUGUUUCUUUUUAGUGCUUCAUUUAGAACAUGUGUUCUUUCUUUUCUUUUCUUUUUUAUUGUAAGUACUUUGAGAAUGAUUGUAGUAUGGAUACUAUUGGACCAAUUCUCUCUUUCGUUUUCAUAUUUGUAAUUCUUUCUCUUAUUAACGUUGCUUCAAGAAUCUAUAUAUGCUAAUAUUGAGUCCAGAAUGUGGGUGAAUGUGUUGCCUCUAUUGCUAAUAUUUUGAUUAAUGGAGUCUGUUUGUAGGCAGUUUUUAGUUACUUGGUUUGAAUGUACAUGGAAA